UAACCAUUAUCUAUGGCUUCCCCAUUAUUAUCUUUCAUCGCCAUUUUUCUGUUUCUUCAGCUCGGAAAAUCCCAAGAAAAUGUGUGCAGAAAAUGGUGUGGAGACAUUCCCAUUCAGUACCCUUUGGGCAUCGACGACGGCUGCGGCAGUCCGUACUACCGGCAUAUUAUCACCUGCACCGCCGGAGAACUGCAGCUCCGGACACCGUCCGGGAGGUACCCAAUAAAGAACGUGAGCUAUUCCGACCCACACAUCCUAGUAACCGAUCCCUUCAUGUGGACCUGCGACGACGGCGAAGAUUUCCGGCCAACGCGCCCAUUCAGCCUAGACACGAGCACCCACUUCACUCUCUCCCCCCAAAACGACUACCUCUUCUUCAACUGCAGCAACGACAAAGUAAUCGUGGAGCCCAAACCCGCGUUCUGCGAGCGGUUCCCGGAGCAAUGCGACUCCACGUGCGACAGCGCGAGUUUCCUGUGCCGCCACCUGCCGGAGUGCCCCUCCGCCCUGCGCGGCGGCAGCUCGUGCUGCGCGUAUUACCCCAAGGCGGCGGAGUCGCUGCGCCUGAUGCUGCGCCACUGCGCGUCGUACACGGGCGUGUACUGGCGCAACCUCGGCGCCACGCCGGCGUUUAACCAGGUGCCGGAGUACGGCGUGCGGGUGGACUUUGAUAUUCCGGUGACGGGGAAGUGUUUGGGGUGUCAAGAUGUUGCUAAGGGGGGAGGGACGUGUGGGUUUGAUACGGAGACGCAGGAUUUCUUGUGCCUUUGUGAUAAAGGCAAUAGCACCACUAAUUGCUUUGAUACUCGGCACAAGAUGUCCAAAGUAGUAGCAGCUACAGCAGUAUCAGUGGCAGGAGCAAUAGGUAUAGGAGCAGGAGUUUGGUACCUAAGAAGAGUAAGAGCAAAAGCCCCAGUCACACAUGGUGUUCAAACAAAUGACAAUCGACUUUUUUAAUACCCAUUUUUUUUUUUUAACUUCCUCUUUAAGUCUCUUCCGUUCGUGAACAUUGUGGAGGUUGACAAGCCGUCACACCCGGAGUGAUUUAGUUCUUCUCUUGUAGUUAUUUUGUCCCCUACUUUUUACUCUUUUUUUUUUUGCAUUUUAUUUAUUGAUAAUAUAAUAUAUAGACCACAUUUUGUACUUCAGUUAGAUAUAUGCAUUGCUUGCAUAACACUCCAGAAAUCUUCCUUUUUCUCAAUUUUAAU